AUGAGGACCGUAGACCCCGAACAAUGGCACAGAAAAGUAAAGAAAGCAAUACGCGGGCGAGAGAGAUUGCGCUUCGGUUCUUACCAGGCGUCGCAAUUUGAAGUAAGACUUCGCUCUAGCUUCGCUGAUGCAAUGCGGGAGCUUGCCAAAAAUAGCUCGGUCGGUGGGACUGAACUCGUCCGUUCAGCUAAGAAACCUGCCAGGUCGAUAUACUGCACUCUCGUUACGUUAACGCUUACGACGGCUUUCCUGCUGAUUGUCGUAAACAUUACGCUGUUCAAUCGGCAGCCUCCGCUGUUUGUGAGCCAACAGCUGUUGCAGCAUCCACUUCUGCACGUGGAUUUCCCUGCUGUGGCGCUUUGCAGCUACACGGUCAUCACUAAAACCGCGCUCGAUGCAUACGCCACACGAUUGGCAAAUCGCGACAAUAACGGAACGUUCACCCUACCUCAGAUAAGAGAUAAUUUGAUGGCGUUCGGCGGCCUCGUCACCAGGACUAGGGAGCCUUUCGAUCUCCAUUUCAUGAAGUUUUUGUCUGAAGUUGAUCAGGAAACCAAUAUCACUAACAUUAUGCUAAAGCUGUCGCCAGACUGCGAGGCGACGCUGGCUAGUCUCGAAGACCAGACUAGAGUUUCGAAGAAAGCUAAAGCGGUCGGCCAGGAGAAGGGGCUCAUGGUCGUCGUAAAGGAAAAUACAGAAGAUUCCGCCUUCAUGCGGAGUCCGAGUCACGACAUUGAGAUCACUCUCUUCGACGGAUUACUCUAUCCUCUCACUGAAAUCAGCGGAGUUCACUCUUAUCGAGCGAGAUACAACGCGUCAGUCUUCUUUCGACUUCUCUUCAAAGCGCAAGACAUAACCAGGCAAAUGCAUUAUCACAGCGAAGAAUUUGUAAUUACUGUUCCUACGCAACUCAAAGCGAUGUGA